GAAGGGGUAUACGUAUAUAUAGAGCUACUUUAGUUUAUGUUAUUCAGUCAUAAAUAUGUCGGAAGUUUUAAUCAUUGAUAUUCAGUGUCUAGUUGGAUCUCGCAAUGAAUACUACCCGAAAGAAAUUUCUGUCUUGACAUUACACGAUAAAUUUAUUAGUCAUUGGAUAAUUGGACCACCUUUUAAGUACUCGAAACUUGAAAAAGGAGCUCGUCGACAAAACAAUUGGUUAACAAAAAAUUAUCAUAAAAUUGAUUGGGACGCAUCUGAAGUACCUUACAAAAAUCUACAAUCAUUAAUUGAAAAAAUUGGAGAACUUGAAAAUAUAUCACCACGAUUUGGUUUAUUACCAGCAGACGAACAUUAUUGUUUAUUUCACGGAGUAAAUUAUCCUAAUUAUACUUGUACUCAACAAAACGUUUAUAAAUUAAAAAAUUGGUUAAUUGGAAAAAAAUUAAUUAUACGAAGAGGAAAAAGUGAAGACGACAUUGAAGUAGAUGUUGUCUUUAAUUCGUUUUUCAAUACAGUCAAAGAAACAUUGGUAUGAAUACUAUCCAAUUGGUUGACGCAUUACCACUUACGGAUUUGACACGUGCAGGAGUAUACGCUAGUGACCGAUUACCUCAUAUAUGGCCGAAACCUUGUGGAAUUAUUGUUAAUCUUGAUAAUCAUAAUCAACCAGGAUCUCAUUGGGUGUGUUUUUACGUCAAUAAUUUGGGCCAUGGACUCUUCUUCGACAGCUUCGGACGACCUCCGAGAGAUCCCCGUUUCCUUUACGCUCUCAAAAGAAAUUGUGUCAUCCACGAGUACAACAAUAUACAGCUGCAAAGUGUUACGAGUAAUUGUUGCGGUCAUUGGUGCAUUGUUGCUCUUCAUUAUUUCGCGAAUGGUGGGAGGCUCGACGGAUUUCUCCGAUUAUUUACGAAUGAUGUUGAACGGAACGACCGAUAUAUUUUAAGAAUGUUUAAAAAAAUUGUUA